AAACAGAGAACCGUUUUUCAAUUCUCUGUCUCUCUCUGUGUCUCUGUGUGUGAGCUCUGCUCCUAUAUAUAUAUAUAUAUAUCCAGAAUUGGGAAUCGUAAUAAAUUAAGCGUGGCACAUCAAAAUUCACAGCUCUUGUGAAUAUCUUUAUCUCUGUGUCAUCUUCAUUUUCCUUUCCUGUUUUCUCUGCAAGAAUUUAAGUAUGGGUCAAGCAUUCGGUUGUCUUCAGGUGGACCAGUCAAAUGUGAUUAUCAGGGAACAUUUUGGAAAGUUUGAUGAUGUGCUGGAGCCAGGGUGUCACUGCCUGCCUUGGUGUCUUGGAUACCAGGUGGCUGGUGGACUCUCAUUGCGUGUGCAACAACUUGACGUUCGAUGUGAAACAAAAACGAAGGACAAUGUCUUUGUCACUGUGGUUGCAUCUGUUCAAUAUCGUGCUGUGGCUGACAAAGCAUCUGAUGCUUUCUAUAGGCUCACCAAUACCAGGGAGCAGAUCCAAUCCUAUGUGUUUGAUGUUAUCAGGGCAAGUGUGCCGAAAUUGAACUUGGAUGCUGUCUUUGAGCAGAAGAAUGACAUAGCAAAAUCUGUGGAAGACGAGCUGGAAAAGGCCAUGUCCACUUAUGGGUAUGAAAUCGUCCAAACACUAAUUGUGGAUAUUGAGCCUGAUCCCCAUGUGAAAAGAGCAAUGAACGAGAUAAAUGCAGCUGCUAGAAUGAGGGUGGCAGCAAAUGACAAGGCAGAGGCAGACAAAAUCUUGCAGAUCAAGAAAGCUGAGGGAGAAGCAGAAUCAAAGUACUUGUCAGGGCUUGGUAUUGCUCGCCAGCGCCAGGCCAUUGUUGAUGGGCUGAGGGACAGUGUACUUGCCUUCUCUGAGAACGUGCCUGGAACAACUGCCAAGGAUGUCAUGGACAUGGUGCUGGUUACCCAGUACUUUGACACAAUGAAGGAGAUUGGGGCAUCCUCAAAGUCCUCCUCUGUGUUCAUCCCACAUGGGCCAGGAGCAGUCAGAGACGUUGCUUCACAGAUCCGAGAGGGUCUUCUUCAAGCUCAGUCUCUCAAGAGUUGAAGACAAAUAUAAGCUUGGCUUGGAUUUUGCCUACGAACUCCAUAUCAACAAAUUUAAGCUUGGCUCGUGAUUUUUUACCUACGAAGAGUACACUAAUAUAAGUUUGUUGGAUUAACUUGAUGCGUGUUUUGCUGGAUUUGUAUUUUACUGCUACUUAUAGCAAGACCUUUUAUAAUGCUUAUGUUUUAAAUUUGUCCUCUUUGAUAACACAUCAUUGAGGAGGUGGUGUAUAAUUAUGUUAAUGGUUGAAGGAUAUUGUUGGUUUCUACUAUUUAAAUUGUAGCUUUCUUACUAUAA